AUGUCUUCCUCGAAUCCUUAUCCAGAACCAGACGUAUUGAAGGUCUCGGUUCUAGACAAAGAUUCCAUUAUCUUUGGUUUCCAUCUGACCGAUUAUAUGAUCCGAGAUAUUUUAACUAAUAUCCCGUCUUUAUCAUAUGCAAUUAUCACAGACAAAAAUAUUGCUCCCCUUUACAUGCAAACCAUAACCUCUCGCUUUGACAUCAUAUCGGAUGAACUAUUUUCCAACAAAUCUAUACCUACUAAACCUCGGCUGAUUACGUAUGUAAUUCCUCCCGGUGAACAAUCAAAGUCGCGCGUUGUCAAGGCACAGAUCGAAGACUAUCUUCUCUCUCAAUGCUGUACACGUGACACAUGUAUAAUGGCCUUGGGUGGAGGUGUUAUAGGCGACCUUGUUGGUUAUGUUGCUGCUACAUUUAUGCGUGGCGUAUCCUUUGUUCAGAUACCCACGUCUCUGUUGGCGAUGGCCGAUUCAUCAGUCGGUGGUAAAACUGCUAUAGAUACUCCACACGGGAAGAAUCUGAUUGGAGCCUUCUGGCAACCGAAAAGGGUGUUCAUCGAUCUAGCAUACUUGGAUACAUUACCGAAAAGACAGUUUGCAAAUGGAAUGGCAGAAAUAAUCAAAACGGCUGCAUUUUGGGAUGAGAAGUUUUUUGUUAUGUUGGAAAAUGGAGAGCAAGAGAUUCAAAAUGCUGCCACAAACAAAGACGGAGGAGUCGAGUAUCAAGGCUGUAAUCUAUCGACCAGAACUUCCUCUCAAUCUCUGCUUCUUUCCGUCUUAUACGAGGCCGUAAAAGUCAAGGCAUAUGUAGUUACGCAUGAUGAACGUGAAUCUGGUCUUCGCGGUAUUCUCAAUUUUGGUCAUACUAUUGGACAUGCGAUAGAAGCCAUCCUAUCUCCUGAACUACUCCAUGGCGAAUGCGUAUCAAUUGGUAUGAUCAAAGAAGUCGAAAUAGCCAGAAACCUCGGUUAUCUCAAUCAAGUGGCUGUUGGUAGAUUGUAUAGAUGUCUGCAAAGCUAUGGAUUACCAGUUUCGUUGGAUGACAAGAAAGUGAAAGAUUUGGUGGGAUCAAAACAUUGUGCUGUGGAUAAGCUAUUGGACAUCAUGAAAGUCGACAAGAAGAACCAAGGAGAUAAGAAGAAGGUUGUCAUAUUGACGGGAAUAGGGAAAACGUUGGAAAAAAAGGCAACUAUAGUUUCCGAUGAAGUAAUCCGAUUGGUCUUAUCACCAGCUAUGAAAGUCAAACCUGUCCAUGAAUCAUCUUUUCCAUCUGUUCGCGAUAUUACUCUGGUUACUCCAGGAUCAAAAUCCAUUUCCAAUCGUGCAUUAGUGUUAGCUGCACUUGGUGCUGGAGUUUGUCGACUCAAAGGCCUGUUGCAUUCCGACGAUACCCAGGUAAUGUUGAACGCGUUACAGAAACUAGGCGGUGCCAAGUUUGAAUGGGAAGAUGAUGGUGAGACACUAGUAGUUACCGGAGGAGGGGGGAUAUUGCAAGUUCCGAACACCGAGUUGUACUUGGGUAAUGCCGGAACUGCAUCCAGAUUCCUUGCCUCUGUUUGUACGCUAGUGCAACCAAGCAAAUUAACUGAACAGAAUAAACACACUGUUCUAACUGGCAACGAUAGAAUGAAGCAAAGACCCAUCGGACCACUUGUAAAUACAUUAAGAGAGAAUGGUUGUGAUAUUAAAUAUAUCGAGAACGAAGGAUGUCUACCGCUCGCAAUCACUCCUUCAUCCAUUGGUUUCCGAGGUGGACAUGUCAGUUUGUCUGCGUCUCUGUCUUCUCAAUACGUCUCAUCUAUUUUGAUGUGCGCUCCAUACGCAAAUGAGCCCGUUACUCUUCAAUUAACUGGUGGACAAGUGAUUUCUCAGCAGUAUAUAGAUAUGACUAUUGCUAUGAUGAAGUCGUUUGGCAUCGAGACAGAACGAUUGAAUGACAACGUUUAUAAAAUUCCAAAAAGUUGUUAUCGUAAUCCAGAAGUGUAUGUGGUUGAAUCCGAUGCUAGUUCGGCUACAUAUCCAUUGGCAAUCGCAGCUAUUACUGGCACGAAAUGCACCAUAUCCAACAUUGGCACGUCAUCGUUACAAGGAGAUGCCGCGUUUGCGGUUAAAGUGUUAAAACCAAUGGGCUGUAACGUCGUUCAGACGGAUACGAGUACAACGGUAGAAGGUCCACCCAUUGGCAGCCUAUCUCCGAUACCUACGAUAAAUAUGGAAUCAAUGACGGAUGCUUUUCUGACAGCAUCGGUUUUAGCGGCAGUCGCCAAACGCGACUCUAAUAAUGAAAGAGUAACUCGCAUAACGGGUAUAGCCAACCAGCGGGUAAAAGAAUGUAAUCGUAUUGCUGCUAUGGUCCAAGAACUUUCUAAAUUUGGGGUACAAGCAAGCGAACUACCGGACGGAAUUGAGAUUCAUGGCGCUGAUAUUUCAGCUCUCAAAUCUCUGGCCGAUGGUGUGAAUUGUUAUGACGACCAUAGAAUAGCAAUGAGUUUUAGCGUGCUUGCCUGUGUGAUUCCAGGUGGAGCUGUAAUUAAUGAGAAAAAAUGUGUUGAGAAGACAUGGCCUCAGUGGUGGGAUACGUUAGAAAGGAAACUGAAUAUCGAGUUGCAAGGAGUUGAUAUCGAAGCAGGCAACAAGAACAGUUUGACAGCUCUUUUUGAAAUUGGACGCAAGCGUAAGAACACCACACCUGGAAAACAUAAUACUACUAUUGUAUUGAUUGGAAUGAGAGGCGCUGGUAAAACUACCCUUGGUAAACUUGCAUCCAAUGUUCUUAAGCGGAAAUUUAUCGAUGCUGACGUCUACUUGGAACAGAGUCUGAACACAACCAUCGAUGAUUAUGUAAGUACUAACGGAUGGGAUGCAUUCCGUACCAAAGAGUCAGAACAUUUGUCGACUCUAUUAAGUCAAUAUCCGACUGAUUAUAUUAUCGCCUGUGGUGGAGGGGUUGUUGAGAGAGAAGUGAAUAGAAUACUUUUGAAAAAGUUCAUCGAUGAAGGUGGGAAGGUUGUACAUAUUGUACGCGACAUUGAAGAAGUAAUCAAUUAUCUGAAUGAGGACAAUAGCCGGCCCGCAUGGGGUGAAGAUAUACGCAACGUGUGGAAUAGACGUAAAAUCCUGUACGAAGAGAAUUCUAAUUAUGAAUUCAAUUGUAUGAAUAUUACUAUAAGCAAUGAUCUUGUUACAAGUAAUGUUAUAGAUCUUGAAAAAUGGAAAAGGGUGGAAGCGGAUUUUAUCAGAUUUAUCAAGUUUCUUGCUGGGGAAGACACUAAUCAAGUGACAGACGGAAAGAGAAGUUUCUUCCUAUCAUUGACUUAUCCUGACCUUACCGUAGCGCUUGAACAUUUUACUACCAUAAUGCAUGGUAUAGAUGCAGUAGAAUUACGCGUAGAUUUACUUUCCGACCAAUCCAGCUCCAAUUCAUCCUCGUAUCAUCCGCCGGUCGAUUAUGUCGCUCAGCAAUUGUAUUUACUGCGAAGACACACUCAUCUUCCUAUCAUAUUCACCGUUCGAUCCCAGUCGCAGGGGGGAAAGUUUCCUGAUAAUAAAGAAAAAGAAAUGUUUGAUCUUCUUCAUUAUGCAUUGAAAUGGGGAUGUGAAUAUGUCGACGUUGAAAUCGGAACGUCACGCGAUCUUGUUACCAAACUCAUUCGAUCAAAGGGACAUACCAAGAUCAUAGCAUCAUGGCAUGAUAUUAGCGGACGAAUGAAAUGGAACGGGGAUGAAGUUAAAGAGGUAUACAAGACAGCAAACGACUGCGGAGAUAUAAUCAAGAUCAUUGGUGUCGCAAAUGAACUGAAUGAUAACUUUGCUCUAUACGAGUUUGUCGCAUCACUCCCAAGCGAUAGUAAACCUAUAAUCGCCAUUAAUAUGAAGGCAAAUGGACAAUUGUCGAGAAUAUUGAAUAAUACGCUCACUCCGGUCACUCAUCCUUUACUUCCUGUCGCGGCUGCACCCGGUCAAGUAUCCGUUCACGAAAUACAUAGCGCUCGGCACUUACUUGGAAUACUUCCUAAGCGUAAUUACUAUUUGUUUGGCACCCCAAUCAAAUACUCAAUGUCUCCUACUAUUCAUAACACGGGCUUUGCAGUUUUGGGUCUUCCUCAUCAAUACCAUUUAUUUGAGACAGAUAAUAUUGUUGGUAUCGAGCCUAUUAUCGAAAGUGAGGACUUUGGCGGUGCAUCUGUUACUAUUCCAUAUAAAAUCGGUGUAUUGAAGUAUCUAGACGAAGUAAGUGAAUCUGCAAGGCAAAUCGGAGCUGUUAAUACUGUAAUAGCCGUCAGAGACAAGGAUAACAAGAGACGACUCGUAGGAGAUAAUACAGACUGGCUGGGCAUUAUGUAUAGUAUCGAACGUGCGCUUGGAGACUCAAACAGCAGCUACCAAGAAAGUGCUGGUCUUGUCAUUGGGGCGGGUGGUACGUCACGCGCGGCGCUUUAUGCACUUCACCAAUUAGGAAUUUCACCGAUCUAUCUCUUCAAUCGCACGCUUGCCAAUGCACAGUCUCUUGCUGCAUCGUUCCCGUCCGAUUACGGGAUUACUGUUAUUCCCAGUCUCUCCGAGCCCCUCUCGUCUCCCCCUCAAAUUAUCGUAUCGACAAUUCCAGCUACGGCUGAUGUCGAGAUACCAAAGGAAAUACUCAAAUUUACCGAGAUUACUAAGAAUAAAAUGGGCGUGAUAGUUGAGAUGGCUUAUAAGUCACGCAAGACAAAGUUACUUCAAGUCGCUGAGAGUUUUGGGAAUGACAGAUGGAUCGGCGUGGAGGGUGUACAGGUGAUUGUUGAACAAGGAGUAUGGCAGUUUGAAAAAUGGACUGGGUGUCGGGCUCCAAGGAACGCGAUUGAGCAAAAGGUGGCGGAAAAGUAUACCGCAUAA